AUGGCUUACCAUUACCAGCUAUCCUCCCUCUUACUGCUUGCAUUUCUCAACUUGUGUUUCAUCCAUGGCCCGAUAACUGGAGCAACCGCGCGUCGUCUUCUAGAGACGCCCCUCCCCGAGAUUCCUAAACCAGAGUUCCCUAAAGUUCCAACCUUGCCAAAGCUUGAGAUCCCAACUGUGCCGAAGCCUGAGCUUCCAACCAUACCAAAGCCUGAAAUACCAGCUGUUUCAAAGCCUGAGAUUCCUAUUAUGCCAAAACCUGAAGUACCAACUCUAUCAAAGCCCGAGCUACCAUCCAUCCCGAAGCCCGAGUUACCAACCUUGCCAAAGCCUGAGAUCCCAGUUAUGCCCAAGCCUAAGUUACCAGUUGCUCCGAAGCCUGAGUUCCCAACUGUGCCAAAACCCGAGCUUCCUGCUGUGCCAAAGCCUGAGAUUCCAGCAAUGCCAAAACCCGAGCUUCCUGCUGUGCCAAAGCCUGAGAUUCCAGCAAUGCCAAAACCCGAGCUUCCUCCCCUGAAAAAGCCAGAAAUCCCAACAGUCCCAAAAACUGAGGUUCCUCCAGCUAUAAAAAAGCCUGAAGUUCCAGCUUUGACAAAGCCCGAGGUACCAAUUGUGCCAAAGCCAGAAAUCCCAGAACUACCAAAGCCAAAAAUCCCGGAGCUACCAAAGCCAAAACUACCAGAGCUUCCAAAGCCAGAAGUCCCAGCUAUGCCAAGGCCUGAAAUCCCAGAACUGCCUAAACCAAAAGAAAUAUCUUUUCCUUCACUUUCUCCACCACACAAACCCGCUACUCCUUGA